AUACCUCCCGUACCUAAGCUACGUAGUCCCAUGUGUUGUCCGUAGCUUGAAUAUAGGAACGAAGCUCAUUGGCGCUCCGUCAAGAUCCUCGAGUCAUCCGGUCGGUCUCGCGGUGAGGGUAAAAUGUCUGUGUUGAUGCAGUGCCCAGAAUCUAGUGUCCCGGCCCUCGUGGUCCUUGUUGCACGCGGGGAUUGGAUCUGGUUGAUGCCAUUCGUUGGGUCUCUUUGCCUUGUUGUUGUUUCUUCGUUUGAGGUAUGUAGUUGUGUUAUAGUGGGCUUAUCGCCGAUGGGCUUUUGCGCAAGGAUAAGUUCGCGACUGAGUCAUGGGAAGGGUUGCGCUACUGAAUACAGGGUAUAGAGAUCUGAUCGAGCUCUAGGGCUUGCGUGAUGGUU